ACAGUCGGUGAAAGCAAUAAUGGUGGCCUCUGAAUCGUCUACUUUUUGAAUGAUUGAAAGAUAUUUCACCGAAAGUGCUGAGAAAUUUCCUCUGUGCUAGCUUUUUACUUCUGACUACUUUCCUGGAAAAUGUAUGCAUAGUUUUUUACUUGGUGUUCUUUCAUUCUGGUGAAGAAUAUAAGUUUAUUCAAAAUAGAUGAGCUAAGUUGCUGAGGGCAGAAAGAGAGCUGAAAAACUGAUUGGGAAGUGUCUAUUGAUAUAUUUACUCAUCCAAGUUCUAACCAGGCUACAAUAUGGCCGCUUCUUCUUCUUGCUCUGAUAGCAUCCCUCAGGAGAAGCAUGAUGUUUUUCUUAGUUUCAGAGGCGAGGACACCCGGAAUAAUUUCACCAGCCAUCUUUAUGAGGCUUUAUGUCGGAAACAAAUCCAAACUUACAUAGAUUACAAACUGGAGAGAGGGGAUGAAAUCUCACCUGCCCUUUUCAAAGCAAUUGAAGAAUCGAAGCUUUCGGUUAUCAUUUUCUCCAAAAACUAUGCUUCUUCUGGAUGGUGCUUGGAAGAACUUGUGCACAUACUCAAAUGCAGAGAUGAACAGUUUGUUAUACCUAUCUUCUACGGCGUAGAUCCAUCAGAUGUACGCAAACAAUUUGGGAGUUAUGCAGAUGCAUUUGUUGAACAUGAGAAACGUUUCAAGGACUCAAUGGACAAGGUGCUCAGGUGGAGAAAGGCUUUGACAACAGCAGCCAAUAUAUCUGGGUUUGAUUCCCAAACAAUUAGGCCGGAGUCGGAUUUAGUUAAGAUUGUGGUCAAUGACAUUUUGGCGAAAUUGAAUUGCAAAUUGCAAAUCGCACAGGGUUUAGAGGGCCUGGUUGGAAUGGAAAAACACAUUCGACGAGUUGAAUUUUUAUUAUGUCUCAACUCACUGGAUGUCCAGAUUGUAGGUAUUUGGGGUAUGGGUGGUAUCGGUAAGACCACCAUUGCUGAGGUUGUAUUUGCUCAUCUCUCUUCUCAAUUCGAAGCUUGCUGCUUCAUUGCAAAUGUUAGGGAAUCGGAGGCGAAACAUGGACUAAAUGAUUUGUGGAAUCAGAUUCUUCGUAAACUACUGAAGGAAGAAAAUCUAUGUAUGGCCACUUCAUCUCUUGUCUCAACUUUUGCAAGAGAGAGGCUUCGCCGUACAAGGGCCCUCAUUGUUCUUGAUGAUGUGAGUGAGUUUUCCCAAUUAGAACUUUUAGCUAGAGGUGAUUGCAAUCUGUUUGGCCCUGGAAGUAGAAUCCUUGUAACAACCAGAAAUAAACGCAUAUUUAGGAAUGGGGUUAAUAAUGAUAAGAUAUAUGAGGUUAAGGAAUUAGACAAUGAUGAAGCUCUUAAGCUCUUUCAUUUGAUAGCUUUUAGAAAUAAGUCUCCCCCGGGUGAUUAUACAACUUUUGCAAAAGAGGUGGUAGAUUAUGCUGGAGGCAAUCCAUUGGCUCUUACAAUCUUGGGCUCCGUAAUAUUCUGUCAUUGCAAGAGCAAAGAAGACUGGGAAGGUGAAUUAGUGAAAUUAAAAAAAUUUCCUAACAAAAAAAUCCAGAAUGUAUUGAGGUUCAGUUAUGAUGGAUUAGAAGAAAAUGAGAGGGAGAUAUUUCUCGAUAUCGCCUGUUAUCACAAAGGGAAGCAUAUUGAUGAGGCAAAAAGAAUUUUAGAUGCCUGUGGUUUUUGUGCCAAUGCAGGAGUAAAAAUUCUCGUUGAUAUGUCUCUCAUAUCCGUAGGUGAAUAUUCAACACUUAAGAUGCAUGAUUUGAUACAAGAAAUGGGUCGGGAAAUUGUUCGUGAUCCACGUGUUAAAAAUCCUGGAAAACGCAGUAGAUUGUGGCUUGCAAAUGAUGUUCGUCAUGUAUUGACAGAUAAUACGGGUACUGAAGACAUUGAGUGCAUGGCCAUGAAGAUGGAUCUCAUUAAAGAUUUAUACGUGAAUGUUGCAUCCUUCGAAAAGAUGCAUAAGCUAAGAUUACUAGAUCUGUACUCAUACUCGUAUACCAGGGGUGUCAGCAAAUUGCACCUUCCUCCAGGUUUCGAGUUUCUCCCUGAGGCCCUUAAAUAUCUGAGGUGGCAUUUCUAUCCUUUGACAUCUCUGCCAUCGAGGUUUUCUUCAGAAAACCUUGUCGAGCUUCAUAUGUGCAACAGCCGACUUGAGCAACUUUGGAAUAAAGGCAUCAAUCUUGGGAGCAUAAAAAGUAUCGAUCUUAGUUGCUCCGAGCACCUGGCUGAUGUUUCAGCUCUGAUUGAGAGUCCAAAUCUCGAGAGAAUUAGCCUUUGGGGUUGUAAAAGUUUGGUUCAACUUCCUUCAUCGUUUCAGAAUCUUGCCAAGCUUACUUUUCUUAGUCUGGGAGGUUGCUCCAAUCGCAAAAUUCUCCCAGAGAUGCCAGGCAAUCUGGAAGUCUUAGGGUUGAAUCGGACUGCCAUAGAAGAAUUGCCUUCAUCAAUUUGGUCUCUCGAGAAGCUUCAUCAUUUGGAUCUUCAAAUAUGUGAAGAGCUUAAGAGUCUUCCAAGCAGCACUUGUAGGUUGAAUUCGCUCCCAAUUCUUGAUCUACAUGGCUGCCGCUCUCUUGAGUCUUUGCCUGUCGAGCUACCUUCUGCGCUGAAGGAAUUGUACUUGAGCGAUUGUGAGAGUCUUGGGUCUUUGCCUGCCCAGCUACCUUCUGGGCUGAAGAGACUGGAGUUGAGAAAUUGCAAGAGUCUUGGGUCUUUGCCUGUCGAGCUACCUUCUAGGCUGAAGAGACUGGAGUUGAUCUCUUGCAAGAGUCUUGGGUCUUUGCCUGUCGAGCUACCUUCUGGGCUGAAGAGACUGGAGUUGAGAAAUUGCAAGAGUCUUGGGUCUUUGCCUGUCGAGCUACCUUCUGGGCUGGAGUACCUGGACUUGAGCGGUUGUGAGAGUCUUGGGUCUUUGCCUGCCCAGCUACCUUCUGGGCUGAAGAAAUUGUACUUGAGCGAUUGCAAGAGUCUUGGGUCUUUGCCUGUCGAGCUACCUUCUGGGCUGGAGUACCUGGACUUGAGCGAUUGUGAGAGUCUUGGGUCUUUGCCUGUCGAGCUACCUUCUGGGCUGAAGGAAUUGUACUUGAUCUCUUGCAAGAGUCUUGGGUCUUUACCGAAGCUGCCAUGGCUUCUAGCAUUGUUUAAUGCACAUGGCUGCACGUCACUAGAGACAGUCUCAAGUUCGAUGAGGACUGCACCCAUACAAGGUAGGGAUCAAUAUGUCAACCAUUCUGAAAAAUUCGAGGAACUUUUAUUUAUGAAUUGCGUGAAAUUGGAUCAGAGUGCACGGAGCAACAUAAUGGCUGAUGCACAGCUUAGAGUUAUGCGAAUUGCAACUGCAUCACGUCUCCUCAAUAAACCCAGUACGAUUAAUAUUGUUUGUCCGGGAAAUGAAAUUCCAAAGUGGAUGAGGUAUGAAAGUGAGGGAUGUUCGAUAAAUAUCAAGCUUCCUCCUCAUUGGUUUCGUCUAGGCUUCCUCGGUUACGCUCUAUGCAUUGUGGUUGCUUUCAACAACUAUACGCCACCCGAUAUUGACAAUUAUUCCUACUUUGGUUGUGAAACCCAUCACAAAACUAACAAUAGUCACGAAGUUUGUUGGGAAGCCCUCCGUAUAAGCCUACCAGCUAUUCUCAUCAAUUCAGAUCAUGUGUUCGUGUGGUAUUUCUGCCCUAAAUUUGUUCGAUUAGAAAGUGCAAUCAAUCGUGAGGAUUGGGUAAAAGCAUCCGAGGCCUCUUUUGACUUCAAGUUGUACCAAAAUAUUAUUCAGACCCCAAAAGAAGGAAAUCUCUUUGACCCCUCCACUGUGAGGGUGAAAAGGUGUGGAGUCUCCUUGUUGUAUGCCCAAGAGAUUGAAAAAUUACUUGGAGGCAUUGAUGAAGAUGAAGUUAUGGAACCAAAACAAACAGUAGAAGAAGAAGAUAUCAUCAUCAAAACUAAGAGACGACGGGACGAGUCUGAACUCAGUGGAAGUGGAACUGCAAGCUUCAAAGAAGAAUAUAACGACCAACUACCUCCCCAGAGUAGUAAAAGGAAAAUCAACAUCAUGUGAAAUGUUCACGUUCACAUGCCAUUUUAUGUGUCACAAGCGACAGGCUUGAGAUCGUUGGAAGGAAUCAAAGCCGACUCACCAGAAAGGUGUUUGACGUAACACCUGAGGUAACGGAGUUGAGGAGAAAUAAGAGUGAGGAGGCCAGCUGUAAAGUCUGACUCUGGCUCUGCUGCGACUUUGACAAGGGUGCCAACUUAAUCCCAUUCCAGAAGUACACUGGGAUCAAAUUGCCAAGCACCAAACAAUCCUGGUUUAACACAAGUCUGAACCUCAAGGAAUGUGAGAUGUUGUGUAUGAAGAACUGCUCCUGUACAGCUUAUGCAAAUUCUAAUAUCAGGGAAGGAAGAAGUGGGCGCUUGCUGUGGUUAGGUGAUCUGAUUGACUUAAGAAAUUUAGCUGAGAAAGAGAAUGGACAAGAUAUCCAUAUAAGAUUAGCUGCAUCAGAGCAAGAUAAUGAAGAGACUAAUACCAGAAUCAAUGCUAAACCUGCUAAAUCCAAUGUGAAGAAAGUGAGAAUUGUAGCUAGCACUCUUGUUUUAUCUACUGGGCGUAGCUCUGCUCUUUUAUGUUUGGAAGAAAGAUGCAGGAAAACUGAGCCGCAGCCACAAAGAAAAUCUGGAAUUACCAUUGUUUGACUUGGCUACUGUUGUUAAUGUAAUAAACUAGGAGAAGGUGGCUUCGGAUCUGUCUUUAAGGGUAUGAUGGAAGAUGGACAAGAUAUAGCAGUGAAAAGGCUCGCAAGAGACUCUAUGCAAGGAAUUAAUGAGUUCAAAAAUGAAGUUGUACAUAUUGCCAAACUUCAGCACAGGAAUCUAGCGAAGCUUCUAAGGUGCUGCUUUCAAUAAGAUGAAAUGAUGCUCAUCUACAAAUGCAUUCCCAACAAAAGUUGUUACGUGUCCCCAGAAUACACAAUUGAUGGGUUCUACUCGAUAAAAUCCAAUGUCUACAGCUAUGGAGUUUUGGUGUUAGAGAUAGAGAGUGGGAAGAGAAACUGAGGAUUCUCACAUCCAGGCCAAAAUCGCAACCUUUUUGGACAUGUGAGCUACAACUGUCAACUUGAAAGAAAUGUAUUGCUGCUUGAUUCUUCUUCUUCUUCUUCUUCUUCUUCUAUAGAUUCAGUAAAAGUGAAUGUUUUCUUCUUUCAAGCAUGGAAGCUGUUCAUAGAAGGCAGGUCCAUCGAACUUCUUGAUCCAUCAGUAGAGGACUCUAGCACUCUACAUGAAGUUGUGCGACCAAUUCAUGUAGGUCUUUUAUGUGUGCAACAAAAACCACAAGAUAGGCCGAGUAUGCCAGCUGCUGUUCUAAUAUUGAGUGGUGAAGGUGCAUUGCCUCAACCUCAGAAGCUUGGAAUCUGACAGAACUUGAAGAUUCUACAGAUGAGGCUACAGAAUGUUCAGCUAAUGAACUCACUGUUACACUAGUGAGGGCUCAAUGAAUGUUGAUAUCAUGUUGAGUAUUCUCUGCCCUUCAUCCCCUUGCUUUCCUCUGAUAUGAAUUGGGGCUCAUUUGAAAGAUGAGUUACAAGCACAAACUUUUGUUAACACUUUAGGCCUAGUUAAUUAUCAACUUCUCAUUGGCACCAAUUUGAGUCUGAAUUAACCAAUGGGUUGAACCAGCCAACUCUUAGUAAAUGACUCUGUAAAACUGCAUAUGGAUGCCUAACCAGCCAUUUCAAUUGAAACUUCGACUGCUACUCUU